AAAUCCAACGCUAAGUAAUUUUGUCCGCGUGAUCGUUGUCCGUUGAGCAUGGAGAUUUGCUGCAUUCCGAGGCGUUUCCCGCCGAUGAUUCCUCGAUUAGAUCGCGUGCCCGCGUUCGGCAGUGCAACAGUAAGAUGCAGCGCUUUACCGAACUCAGAAAAUUCGGGGGAAUUGUCGAUGGGCGAUCGGAUGUUCGUGUUGGGAACGGGUUUCGUAGGACGAUUUGUCGCUGCCGAAUUGAAGACCAGAGGCUGGGCGGUGAGUGGAAGCUGUACGAGUGCGGCCAAGAAAAAAAUGCUUGAAGAUUUGGGGCAUCAUUCGUAUCUAUUUGAUGCAAACAAUCCUGAAGAUGAAAUUCUGGAGAUUUUGAAAAACCAUACACAUCUUAUCAUCUCCAUCCCUCCUGUUGUUGGAAUUGGUGAUCCGAUGCUGCGUCACAGAGGACUAUUGGAAGGCAUAUUGAGCAGUGGACGAAUCCAAUGGCUGGCUUACUUGUCAUCAACUAGUGUAUAUGGAGAUUAUGGUGGUUCAUGGGUGGAUGAAGAUUAUCCUCCCAAGCCAGUGAGUGAAGUUGCCCGAGCAAGAUUAGCUGCAGAAGAAGAAUGGUUAAGGUUGGGGCAGAAUCUUAGUAUUGCAGCACAUGUAUUUCGACUUGGAGGUAUUUAUGGUCCUGGUAGAAGUGCUGUUGAUACAAUAUUGAAACAAGAGCAUCUCUCAGAUGGUCAGAAAACAAGAUUACUUAAAAGUUAUACCUCUCGCAUUCAUGUGGCUGACAUUUUUCAAGCACUCCAUGCGAGUAUUUUGAGGCCAUCUCCCGGGAAAAUAUACAACAUAGUGGAUGAUGAUCCUGCCCCUCGAGCUGAAGUAUUUGAAUAUGCUAAGAAAUUGGUAAAGAAAAAUCUUCCGGGACAUCUAAAAAUCAAUGCAUGUCCUGAAAUUGCUGAACCACUCCCUAUACAGAAAACUGCAAUGGGAGAGAAACGAGUCUCCAAUGCUCGUAUGAAGAAAGAAUUGGGAGUGAAUUUGCUUCAUCCUAGUUACAGAUCUGGAUUGAGAAGCAUCAUUGAACAGAUGAACAGAUAAUUGGGCUAACUUAAUUCAUGCUUGCUUCUUGGUUGGAAUGCUAAUGCACAUAUAGAGGUUGACGAGCUUCAGCCUUCGGUACCUUCUUUCAAAUGAUUAGAUCUAUCACUGCUAACUCGAUACUGCCAAUGAAUGGGCAUCUUCACACCCAAAAAUGGACAACAACUGUGCCUUUAAUUUCAUAGCCCAUUUCUCCAAGGAGUUAUAAAUCCAGGAGGGUUAGAGACUGCCAUUGGUGUCUAGUAUUGUGCAUUCACUCUUGAGGGUGAUUCCAGGAUCUUGAGACUAUACCUGACCAGAUUUUACUUGUCAAUCCAUAGUUUCUACAAUUCGAUAUCAGAGCUAAAGGAUCGUAUAUGACUUGUCAUGAUGACCAACACCAUCCAAUCAUCGGUUUCUUUUCACAAUGGAAAAAAUUGUCGAGGAUGCUACGGAAGUAGUUAAGGUUGCUCAUCGGGAUCAGAAGAAGACGGAUAAGAAGACUUUGUAACAUUUGAGCACAUUAAAAACGCAUCUACGUCGUCGCAUGAGGUCUGAAGUAUUUUGAUAACAUCUUACAAAGGAGAGGUUUGUUAUUUUUGUGGGUUUUGAUUUUUGAAUAGUAAAAUGUGAGUCGCGUGAAUUUGAAUAGUUGUUUGAUGAGAUAUAAAUAGAUAUUGAUGUAAUGUUUUGAAUAUAAAA